AUGGGAGCAAGUAGUUCGUGCCAGAUUUUUGAACAGUUAAGUGUAGCCUUGCAGUGGAUUAUGCAGUCAAGGUACAUGGCAGGGGGUAUGUCCCACAUUCUAGAUGAUUUUUUCUUUAUUGGCCCAGCUGAUUCUCCUAGCUGCGAAAAAGAUCUAACAAACUUCCUCUACUUAUGUAGGAAAAUUGGGGUUCCUAUCAAAAUGUCAAAAACACAAACUCCGACCACAAUUAUUACAAUCUAUGGCAUUGAGAUAGAUUCUACUAGAAUGGAAGCGCGUCUUCCCUUUGACAAAAUUCGGAAAGUAAAGCAAAAGCUUUUAGAUAUGCUGGAAAAAACCCAAACAAAUCUACGCGAUCUUCAAGCCCUAAUCGGGUUACUGAACUUUGCAUGUUCUGUUAUUGUUCCUGGGCGUGCUUUCUUGAGACGUUUGAUCGAUUUGACCUGCGGUGUAAAACAUCCUAAUGACUUGAUUGAACUCCCUCAUGAAACAAAAGCUGACAUAGAAACAUGGCUAACAUUUCUAGACACGUUUAAUGGAAAAUCUGUUUUCUUGUCAGAAAAAUGGUUUUCCUCAGACCACCUCACAUUAUACACAGACGCUUCUGGGUCCAUGGGGUUUGCAGCCAUUUUAGACUCCCAGUGGUUUGUUUCUCAUUGGCAAGAUAAUAUGGGGGAAUAUCAAAUUGCAAUUAAAGAACUUUUCCCAAUAGUUUUGGCCAUUGAAAUUUGGGGCAAAGAGAUGGAAAAUAAAAGGGUACUCUUUAUGUCAGAUAACAUGGCGGUGGUACAAGUUAUAAAUAAGCAAACUGCCAAAGAAAAAAUCCUCAUGAAAUUGAUACGUCGCCUUGUGUUGGCAACCUUAAAAUGGAACAUACACUUUAGGGCAAAACAUAUACCAGGAAAACACAAUGUUGCAGCUGACCGCUUAUCUCGAUUCCAAUUUCAGGCAGCCUUCCAGUUCAUGCCUCGGUUAAAUCGACAGCCAACACACAUUCCACAGGCCUCUUUGAAAAUCUGA